ACAAAUGCACGUUAUACAAAUUGAGGCAAGUGUCAUUGAACUGAGAGUGAUUUACAUGUCUAGGGAGAAGGUAACUUUUAUCAUUUCAAGCCCCAGGCACUGGAACUUUGCAUCUGGUUGGGCUUUUGAAUGAAUCCAGGGUGAGAGUUUCCACGUCUUCGAUCGCAGCGAGGGUUUGCCUGUGGAUUCUCUCUUCCUGUGCCUGCGUCUCAGUGCUCCGGGGCCGUCUGCACAGACCCUCCCCCAACCAGAUGCCGUCCACACCCACACUCAUCUUCAUGACCAUCUUUUGCCUGGUGUCGUUGGCGUCUAUGCUGCAGAAUGGCUUCCUCAUCGUCGUGCUGGUCAGGGAGUGGACUCGGAACCGGGCCCUGUCGGCAGCUGACAUGAUUGUGGUCUCUCUUGCUUCCUCCCGGUUCUGCCUACACGGGCUAGCCAUCCUGAACAACCUCCUGGCCUCCUUUGGUUUCUGUCAGCAAGCAAACCUUCUUGGCAUCCUUUGGGAUUUCACCAACACUUUCAUCUUGUGGCUUACGGCCUGGCUUGCCAUCUUCUACUGUGUGAAGAUCUCCUCCUUCUCCCACCGUGCACUCUUCUGGCUCAAGUGGAGGAUUUCCCAGUUAGUUCCUAGGCUGCUGCUGAGCUCUGUCAUCAUGGGUGGCCUGUCAGCCGUCAUAUCAGCUACUGGGAACAUCUUAGCUCUUCAGAUGAUCGUCUCCCAGGGUUCCCUUGGAAACUGUACUUUUGGUCACAUGACCCUGGACUUCUAUCGGUAUUGUUACUUGUCUCACGCCGUGCUCAUGUGGCUCACUCCUUUCUUCCUGUUCCUGGUGUCCAUACUGUCGCUCAUGUUCUCACUGUACCGGCACAUGGGGAAGAUGAGGGACCAUCGGCCCGGGCCUGGUGAUUUCCGUGUUCAAGCUCAUACCAUGGCUCUGAAAUCCCUUACCUUCUUCUUCAUUUUCUAUAUAUUAUUUUUUCUGUCCCUGAUAAUUUUUGCUACAAAAGUCAAAACCAUGCAGAGUCAUUGGUAUUGGGCCAGAGAAGUCAUCAUCUACAUGAGCAUCUCUUUGAACUCCAUUAUGCUGGUGUUUAGCAACCCCAAGCUGAGAAAGACCCUGAAGAUGAGAUUUUAGGAUGCCCACACUAUCCAAUCAUAAGCUUUGAAGGCCUUGAACCAGAGGUGUCUUUUCUCUCAGAGAGUGACCAGUGUCAGGACUGUGACAAAUGAGCAAAUAUGUAGCCAGAAAUCAGAAGGUUUGGAUACAUUCUCUCUUCCUUCUUUCUUUUCAACUUCUUCCAUGCUCCCUAUUCCCCACUCCCAACUCUCUGUGUUUCCUUUGUCCCCUUCAUUUCUGGUGGUCCCUGGUCUGAGUUCCAGAUCACGCAGGCUUUCUUAGCCAAUAGCCUCAGCCCCUUGUGGGCUCCUGUGGCUCUCUAUGAAAGCAACCUGAAGCCUAUUUUCUGAGACUCGUUUCUGUUUGUACUCCUUAGUGAAAUGAUGUAGCCAUUAUCAGUUGUCUCCAUGGCACAGAUUCCUGCAUGGCACCCAUCUUGUCACCCCCAAAUGUCUCCCUCUGCCACUGCUCUGCUAAGCCCAGCCUCUUUCCAGUUUCCUCUUCUUCCUUUCUCUUCUUGUUUCCUUCUUUCUCUCUCUCUUCCCAGUCUUUACUCCCCCUCAUCAUUUGCACCCUGACUAAAGCUGAUCCCACCAAAAGGUCCUUUUCAGGUUGACCUAGGAGACUGAGGGCAGUAGGAGUCUGUGCUACUGUAGAUCCUGUCCACAACCUCAUAUUCAGUGAGAUGGUACUGUCUGAUGUGAAAAGACGCUUGGACUUUGGCUAAUUGAAGACGGAUGGAAAACAAAGGAAAUCUUCAGAUUUUGUUUUGUUUGGUGUUUGUGCCGGACAUCCAUCCCUGGGCACUGCCCACGCUAGAUGAGGACUUGAAAAUGGAACUAUGUCCUCAUGCCUUGGUGUUUUUGAGAGCUGUUCUCGUGUAACUUGGGCUGCUCACAAUCCUCCUGCCUCAGCUUUCUGAGUGCUUUGAUUAUAGUUAAGGACCAAGCUACAUGGCAAUUGUUAAUUUUGCUAAUUUUACUUUUUCCUGUCUUGCCCAAGGGAUACUUCCUGGAAACUGUUGCUGAGGUUAGCAUUCUCAAGACUAGAAUUUGGAAAAAAUUGGCAUACCAGGAGUGGAAAUAAAAAUGUGACCAUUUCAAUUUCAAUUAGCUUAGUUCCUAUCUAUUUGUACAUUUUUAUGAUGCAUAUAACAAAAUGA